AUGGAAGACCUCAAGAAGCAGAACGCACAACUCCAAGAGGGAGUCGGCAAGAUCAAAAUGGUAGACAACGACCUCAAGAAGAGCCCGGCGGCCAAAGCCCCAGCUUCAUCAGCACAAAAGUCCACUCCCAAACCCGCUGGAUCCACGCCCGCGAAGUCCGCGACGAGCACACCUUCCAAAGCUCCUGCGGCGGCGAAGAAGCCAGCGCCCAGCACGCCAGCAUCGUCUGCGCAGAAGACCGCUGGAUCGGCCGCCAAACCAGCGUCUUCUGCUGCUAAGCCCGCUACCUCGCAGGCGUCCGGCGGAGCCAAGCAGCCCGCACAGCCGGCGCAGAAAUCUAUGCCACAGAGGCCGAAGCCCCAGCGGGCACCGUCUAGUCACUCGGCCAUUGGCUCGAAGAAGCCUGUCCCUGCGCAGGUGAAGCCUCAAGGCCAGAAGGCUCCUUCUGUCGCGGGCUCUACGGCUUCUGGUCCGGCGAAGACUGCUUCUUCGACUGCGAGUAAAGCUUCAGCUCCCGCGAAGAAGCCCGCGCCUGCGCAAGUGAAGCCGCAGACUCAAACGGCUCAGAACAAGGCUAGCUCUACGCCGGCGAAGAAGCCUGCGGGCGCUGCUGGGGGUGCUGCGCAGAAACCUGCUGGCACCGCCCAAAACACCGUAAACAAGACUGCCGACACAGCAACCGGCGCCGUCGGCAAGGGCACCGACACCGCCACCUCCGGCGUCAACAAGACCACAGGCGCCGCAACCGGUGCCGUCGACAAAGCGUCCGGGGGCAAAGCCGCGCCGGUGACGAAGAAGACGAACCAGGUUGCUGGCGGGGCGACGAAGACGGCUGGUGGUGCGGCGAAGGGAGCGACGAACACAGCUGGGGGUGCUGCGAAGGGGGUGGGCGGGACGGCGAGUGGGGCGGUGGGGAACCUUGCGAACACGGGGAAGGAUACGGCCGGGGCGGUUGGAAGGGGGGAUGUCAAGGGGGCGGCUGGGGGUUUGGCGAAGGGGACGGGGCAGACUGUUGCUGGCGCUGGCAAAGGCGUUGACAACACCGUGUCUGGCGUUGGCGAUGGCGUCGGAAACACUGUUGGCGGCGCUGGCAAGAACGUUGGAGACACUGUCGGCGGUCCAGUCGGCAAGACUGUCGGCGACACUACAGGAAACGUAGGCAAGACGGGAGCCGCAGCCACGAAGGGCGUUGGCAAGACCGUUGGAGACACAACCGGCGCCCUAGGCAAAGGCGACGUCAGCGGUGUCGCAUCCGGCGCUACCGGUGGUGUCGGCGACACAGUCUCCGGCACCGGCAAAGGCGCAGGCGACACCAUCGAAGGCGUCGGCGACAGCGUCGGCGGCUACAUCCCCAACAAGCGCGUUGGCGGUGCAGUGUCGGGCGUCGGAAAAGGCGUUGGCGAUACUUUGACCGGUGUUACUGGCGGCGUCGGCGACGGCGUAGGCAAGAUCGGCAAAGGCGACGUCGUCGGCGGCGUGGGCUCUACAGUCGGAGGCGUGGGCAAAGGCGUCGGCGGCCUGGCCUCAGGCGUCUGGGGCGGCGUUUCGGGCAAGAACCAGAAGCAGAAGGACGAGGCUGCCGCGAAGCAGGAGGCGGGUGAGGCUGGUGGGGAGGGUGAAGGUGAAGGGGAGGGAAAGGAGGAGGGGGGGAAGGGGUUCUUUUAG